AAAAAUUUUUAGGACCAGAACCGGAAGUCGGCCUCGGGCCAGGCGGGGAAGCCGGCGUCCGACCCGUCAGCAACCUGCGGUGGUCCCCAGGGGCGGUGGCUGCGCUGCUCCCUGCGAGGCGGUCCCGCGGGCGGGCGGGCGGGCGGGCUGCCCGGAGGCGCGGCACCAUGAAGCUGUACAGCCUCAGCGUCCUGUACAAAGGCGAGCACAAGGUGGUGCUGCUCAAAGCCGCGUACGACGUGUCCUCCUUCAGCUUCUUCCAGAGGUCCAGCGUUCAGGAAUUCACGACCUUCACGAGUCAGCGGAUCGUGGAGCGCUCGGCGAAAGGCAGCAGAGCUUCUGUCAAAGAACAAGAAUACCUGUGCCACGUCUAUGUACGAAACGACAAUCUCGCAGGAGUGGUCAUCGCUGACAGCGAGUAUCCAUCCCGGGUGGCCUUUACCUUGCUGGAGAAGGUACUGGACGAAUUCUCCAAACACGUGGACAGGAUAGAGUGGCCAGUCGGAUCCCCUGCUAGCAUCCACUACACGGCCCUGGACGACUACCUGAGUCGGUACCAGAACCCGCGAGAAGCCGACCCCAUGACUAAAGUGCAGGCUGAGCUGGAUGAGACCAAGAUCAUUCUGCACAACACCAUGGAGUCUCUUCUGGAGCGAGGGGAGCGGCUGGAUGACUUGGUGUCCAAGUCCGAGGUGCUGGGAACGCAGUCCAAAGCCUUCUACAAGACAGCUCGGAAACAGAACUCGUGCUGUGCGAUCUUGUGACGGCAGCCCGUGGAGGCCCUCGUGCCCAGCCGGCCUGGCCGUUAGCGUCAGAACCGCAGUCCCUGGAGAAGCAGAGCCACCGUGGAGAGACCCGCGUGGGGACACAUUUUCACUUGGGAGCUCCUGGCAGGAACUGAGGGGUUGUGGAAGGGCCUGGGGCUUGGGAACAUUCAAAUUUACAUGUCCGGUGAUUUUUGAAAAGCUCGUUUGAGGCCCCCAAUGGCCUGUUCUUGGGCCAGAUGAAACCAUAAAUUCAAAUGACUCACAUAAAAACAAAACAAAAAAAA